AGAAUGUGUAAAUUUGGAAUCGGGGAGCUGCUCCUCGAGAGCCGGAGAGCUGUAGUCAACAGGUGACACCCGGAACCAAAGUUUUUGGUCGUCAACAGUCUCGUCUGAAAUCUCGAGAGCACAGAACCGCCACGAAGCUUCUGAAAGCAGAGGAGUGCUGGAGUGCUGCUCUCUGAGACCCUCUCCCUCUCUCUGGGCAUCCGAAAAUGCGGAAGUGUGCACGCUAUUGGACCCUGGUGCGUGAGAGCCCACCACUCGAGGCUGUCCAGGUCAUGGGCAUCACCUCUGCCUCCAUACCGACGAAUCGUUCCACGGACUUCAUCGAAUGCUGCUCAUUCAGCUCCUCUGCCGUCGAGUGCACUGCAGCUGACCUCAGUUCAGUUCAGCUCAGCUCAGCUCAGCUGCCGAGCAAGGGCAAGUACAGGUUCAUGGGCAGACUUGGUCCAAUCUUCUCGGCCUCGGGCUGGGCUGGGCUGGGCUGGGCUUGGCUCUGCUCGGACUCUUUAGCUAUUCCCUGCACAUUUUGCGAGAUGGAAGCCAUGUUUCACACUACGCGAAGGAAAAUGCUGAAUAUUCUGAGUCUCGGGCUCCGAUCGUUCUGCUCUGCGACGAGUGGAUCUCCCGCGGCAAGACAAAACUCUGAGGUCCAAAGAAGAAGUGCCAGGCUCGGGAAGCGGACUCAAUCGGGAGACUUCGGACUGUCUGGAAUUUUGCUCGCUUGUCUCAUUAAUCCGCCUAUCGCCGAGAACACAUUGCUUCUACAUUCUGUUACGAGUGCCAGAAAGGUCAAAACUAUUCGAUUUGGAAUUAGAUGCUCGCACGGCCUGGAUCUCCCCUUCAGCCUUGAGCUUGAUCCUCUAGUGCAGAGGAAUUUUCGGCAAGUCCAACUUUCGACCUUUGCUAUCGGUAGUCGCGGCUGCAAUUGCGAGAUUUCAUUUUCGAUUUCUUAUAGUCUAGAAUUGCUUCAGCACUCGUUGAAUUGGAGAGUAAAAUUGGUGGAGAAUAUCGAUCACUAAUCAUCACAAUUUUGUCCGAGAUUGAACCAAAGCUGUUCUAUAUUCCUCUCCAUCUUCUUCAACCUCCAAUAGAGAGAAGGAAAAUUAUCAUCUCUCGUGAAAGCAAGCGAGCUCAAUCACAUGAUCAGAUCGUGAGAAUGGCUUAGAACAUAUUCCCAAUCUCGGCUCCGCAGAGGUUCCGCCAAUGGUGGUGGCUGCCUGUGGACUUUUGUUCUUGUCGAUGAGGAGUUCGAUGCAGAAACGUCAAACCAUAGGAUUCGGGCAGGCUGGGAACGACAGUGGGACGGGAAUCUCGAAAGCGCGGAAGAAUUCGGGAGAUUUAAAUUCGAAGACCGCCAUGCUUAUGGCUGCUUCGGAUGCGAGGCCUAUCCAGGAAAUGAAAACCGGCACCGUAAUCAGUCGGGAAAACAAGUGAGCUCUAAUCUGGAGAAGUAGGUCGUCGAGGUUCUAUCUGAAUUUUGCAGCUAGCCGCUCGGAGGUUGAUUCUCUAACCUGCUCGAGCUCGGAAGAAAGUUUACCAAAAGGCAGAUAAAGCUCGAGGAUUCAAACGAGCGGGUAAGUCAAUGUCGUCCUGGACCCACGACCUGGGAUUUUUUUGAAGAUUCGACUCGCAGACACGGAUGACAGUAGGUAGAUGGAGGAAUCGCCAUGGGGGCCAGGAUUGGCUCCCCCUUGCUUGAUGGAAUGCCGAUUCCACUCGAUCCUUGCUCGAUGGCACCAUCCGAAGAACACGAAUUUCCUUCAUCAUCGCACCUCCACCAUGUACUCGGCGAUAUAGCUCCCGAGUGUGAUGCACUCGUUGCGGAGGUCAGCGCGAGGCUCCAGCGAUCGGUGUGCCGAUUCUCAUGGCAAUGUUUGCUCGUCGAACGAUGUCGAAACAUCUGCAAACGUCGGAGUCGCCAUCGCCACUGCUGCCCACUGCGUCCUGUGGUCGACCCCGACCGAAAUAGAAAGCCACUUGUUCAGCCACGUUAUAGCCCGACAAUGGGAAACUAUUUCGGGACUGGAAUGGAAUGCACAUGAAAACUUUCACAAGUCUCCUACGAGUUAGUGACCACUUCCUAAUACAUUGGAGGUUACUAUGUACAACUUGCAUGAGAA